AUGAUUAUAUUACGCGAUGUGGUGUUACCUACCACGGAUAUCCGAUUGCAGUGCGAUGUGAAUUGUUAUGUGUUUCGUGAUAGCCUUGGAAUUGGAGAGCUUUACAUUACUGAAAAUGCUAUCACAUGGAAAUCGAAAUUUUCCGAGAUGGGUUUUACUUUGACCUACGAAUCAAUAAUGAUUUUUGCAAUUUCUCGAGAUCACGAUAGUUUUGCUUCUGAUUGCAUUUAUUUAACAGUUGAUUCAAAUGGAGCUGAUUUCUCAUUGGAAUUUGGAGGAGAAACUUCUGAUCAUGAUUCUGAACCUACUGGAAGCGUUAUUAUGCGUUUUGUUCCUUCACAAGAUGAAAAACUGGAAGAAAUUUAUCAUCAUCUUAGUGUAUGCCAAUCGAUGAAUGCUUCUUCAGAGAAUUAUUUAUUGGGUCAUGAUAGCGAUGAUGAUUUUUAUGGGAAUUCUGGUUCAUGUGAAGAAGAUCGAGAAGAAGAAGAAGGCGAUGAAGGAUUGAGUGCAGAAGGAAGAGCAAACUUUGAAAGAAUAAUGCGAAAUAGCCGAUUAAAUCAUUUCGAAGGUGAUGGAAGCGACGAAAUGGAACAAGAAUAA